CGGGCGACGGCGGUGAAUCGUCGUUUGCAGCGGCGGCAGCGGCCAGGCGCCGGGACGACGGUGCGAAAACCCGAAAACCGUCAAGUCGGUCGCCGGCAGUGUCGACACGUACAACAUGGACGUCUUCACGAAGACUGGUUUGCUUCCGAAAAAACACCAUCGCUGCAUAUCGUUAGAAAGCGGCCAAUCGUCGACGAAAAAAUCAUGUCUGCAGAAAACGACGUCGGAUCCGCCGAGAUUUUUUCCACGGCGGUACUCGACGCCGGAGCUGGCGAUGAGAAGACACGCGCUCAAAUAUCAACGCGACGACAGUGUCCCGCCCGUGCAACCGAUAUCGAACAAAUCGUGUCAGACCGAUAUAUUAGGGUUGGAUAAAUACUUGCAAAGGCCGGGUGACGUGAGCCCGCAAAACGAGUCGACUGCCGACCCGGAAGCAGCGGCUGCGGCGGUGCUCAGGGCGUAUAAAAAGCCGUCGAAAAGGCCAAAGGUCCGGUCGGUGGCGGUACACUGCGAGCGGCGGCGCCUGUCGUUCGCGGCGUUCAAAGGUUGUCAAAAGUUCAAGCACGUGUACAAGCGGAAGAUUUCGUUGCCGCAGCAACCGUCGUCGGCGACCACCUCGACGGACGACGGCCGACGACGGGACAGUGGCGUUUUGCCGAGACUGCGACCGGACCGAACGACGGAGACGACGGAAAGACCUGGGGCUGCCAACAAAGCCGGCGCGACCGUCAAACUGCCCAGGAUACCGACCAGGGACGCGCGACCGGAAACCGAUAGGCCCGACGACGGCGGCGGCGGCGGCGGCGGCGUUAGGACAAGACUGGCCAGACUGACCAGGCCGCAGUCGACGGGCAGCAGCUGCGACGGGAGCGGUGACCGGAAAUUGGUGGCCGCGUACUUCCGGGUCAGAUCGGCCCCGAAGAUCUAUUCGCCGAGGUUCCACGAGGCGCCGCCGCAGCUAUCGGAUCGCGAACCACAGUCGACGCCCGGAUCCAGCGACACGGCCGACACCACACUCGACAUGUCGUUCGGCCAACAACAGCCGGUCGAAGCGGCGGCCACGUCUGCGAUGUCGGCCACUACGGCAGCCGGUACUAGGACGGUGUCCACGUCCACCACUUUUACAGAACCAGGUUUUCCGAUAGUGUUCAGCUGCGAGAGCGUUCUCCGGCACCCGUUGGACGGCGGUUACGUGUCACACACCGAGAGUCACAGAUUUAGCGUGCACUACGUGUCAGCCGACGACGCGCGGUCAUCGGUAACCGCCACGCCUGACACGGAUGCCGAUGGCGGCACGUCGUUGGUGUUCACGUCGGCCGGCGCGUGCCAACGCGAACAGUGCCUGACCGGUGAUUCGGUAUUGGUCACGUUGGGCGCCAAACCCACAGACGGUUCGGCAGCAUCCGCGUCCACUAGUAGCGUGGCCGGUGAACGGCGUUUGGUUGUCGAACGGUGCACCGACGUACGUCGAUCAAAAAACGCGGCCGCCGACCGUGGUGCGGGCGAGACGUCCACCGACUGUGGUACCAGAGAGACAGCCACUGAUCGUGUAACGAGCGAGAUGGUCACUGGCAGCGGAACCAGCGAAACGGCCACCGACCGCUGUACCAGCGAAAUAACGACCACCGACGACGACCGUCCAACCGCUAGUGAACCGCUGCCGUUAUCGCCGUCACCGCCGUCGUCGACUUCAUCUCCAUCGUCGUCUGCGUCAGUUCGUUACUGUUGGCCAACAUCCAGAAACGCGACGGACGAGGGCGCCGAAAAGCUGCAGGAAAACGGCGAACACGACGCCGUACGAGAGACCGAAGGAUUUUAUGUUUUGGGAAAAGGAGACGGUGCCAACGCGUUCGAAAAAAAUGCACCGCCGACGGCAGUCAAUAAAACUAUUGAUACUUUGGAACAAGCCGACGGGGGGGCGGCGGGUGCAGAACUCGAAUUGCACGCACGCACGGAUGACGACGACAUGCCAUUACAAUCCGACGAGCGAAAUUAUGAGCAGUUGACACAAAACCAUCAAAUAAUAGAAUCCGGCCGUACCUUUUCGAAUCAGUCGCCGAAACCCGACGACACGGAAUCGGUGCUUGUGGGUCGACAAAACGAUUCGGGACCAAUCGAAAACGAUAAUACGCACGCGAACGUCGCCGAGCCUAUUGCGGAGCACUGUACGACCAACGCCGAACACGCUGCACAACAACAAUCAAUCGCGAACAACUAUCUCGCCGUUCCUUCGGAUCGUUGUCUGCAGUCGGACGAAGAUACGGCAGUGGCGGAACUCAUGGAGUCACGGCGUCGAAACGAGAUGCAUCGCUUUAAUCCAACACCCGAGUCGUCCGGGAAACGUGCGGUUGCUGGUGCAGUGGACCGAAAUCGCACCGGCUAUCGCGAAAACGGGCCAAUUCGGACGAUCAACGAACAACAAUUCGAUUCCAAAAAGCGGAACAUACCCAACAGACUCAACGACAGCAUGAGCCGUAAACGGGACGACGACCGGGACGCCGUGUCGCAUAAUCCCGCUCGUCGUCUAUUGCAAGGGCUGUCAUCGCGCGCGACACCUGCACAGCAUUCAGACACGGUCGAUCGCGGAUCCACGGUGAACAACGCAACGGAGACGACAUCUGUGCCUAGGAACGCGGUGAACGAUCGUCAACACGACUACGAACCGUUCGGAAAACGAAUUGCGAACGGAUUUCAGGACGAUGGCGGGCGUACUGUUUGUGAUCGGGACGUGACGACGAACGACUGUCGAGGAUGCGCCAAAGAAGAAGCGAAAAAAAAUGCACCGUUGCGGUCUGAAGUCUACGGCGGCGGCAAUGACCGCGACGGCGAUUACCCCUACGACAGCCGGAAGAAUAGACAUCCAGUGUCGAAACGAAGGUUGGAAUCUGUGGAUGAGGCAACGGAAACUUCAAAGCAGCGGGAGUCCAACUACGUAGGUGGCUUUAUGUACGGCGACACGUUUAACCGCAGCGAAAAACCGCCGCAAAAAUACGGUAAACGCGUCGAGUACAGCGGAUAUUACGACAACAAUUCAAAAAAAGUCAACUUCUCGUCAAAACCCGACUGCCGGUACGAUUACUAUCGCAGCGAACACGUGCCUAAGGCUUGCGGGCACAGCCCCGGGGAUGAGGAUUGCACAGUUUUCGCAGACCACGGGUCCCGUCACAAUUCGACGGCGCAGCUUCCUUACUAUUCGCACCUGGACUUCAAAAACACGUACGCCCGUGGCGAGAGAAAAUGUACGACGGACGACGACGACGACGAUGAUGACGACGAGAGUCUCACAGACAGCCUGGAGGACGGAUGCAAGUACGAGGGAUCGGCCGUAUCGUAUUUUCUAGCGCUCGACGGCCAAAAGUCCGCGGUGACGUUCACUCUGAAGAUGCCCGGUACGCUAGAGAGCCGACUUAACCGGCGACACAGUCAGCUCAAGAAACAUCUGCACGUAUCGACGACGGUCCGGAAGUCAGCUGGGGCGGUCCGGGUCCGCACCCGGCACAAGGGGUGUCAGACACUGUGGACCGUCGAAAAGGGGGUGCAAGUUCAACGGGGCUCCACGGCCAACUCGGAUGACCGUAGGGCUCUGGAGACGCUGUUGGCCGGGCUGGGACGCAGCCACGUGUCUGAGAAUCAGAUCCGGUUGGUCGGCGGUCGGAAAAUGGUGUCCGAGGGCAACCAGACGGAACAACCACCCGCGAACCGGCACACGCAGACGACUAGGGACGUGGCCGCGGGACGGGAAACGCCCGAGAGCGGCGCGGCGGCGCAAGGUAGAAAGGGCAAGAACCAGAUGCUUGCGAUGAAAAAAUUUUCCGCUGACAACGCUUUGAUGGUGGGUGUGGUCAGGCAGAACAAGUACUGCAAAGGGAAGGAAGCAUUGGAAGGCGCCAAAAACGAUCAACUGCUCACGCUGUCCAAGGGCUGGAUCAACUUUUACACGCUCAAGGACGAAAGCGCGGACGCGGAAGCACAAGUAGAAUUGAACGAUAACGACGAUGAUCUUAAAACCGAAGAUGACAGCCAACAAUACACUGUACACGUGCAAGCCAUCCCCGAACCUUCCGUGACAUUGCCUGUGGUGCACGUCCCUAACCGCAAUAAUACUCUACAACUGCCAAAGACGUCUAGCACUACAGCCAAACAUUUACCGAAACUUGUGCAGACAGAAACCAAUAAUAAUCAUCAGUGUCCGGCGCAUUUAGUAAACGCAAACGGUUGGUGUGUAAGUGUGGAUGGUCCAAACAACAUGCACAUGAAGGUUUCAUUACUACCGGAUAAGGCAGGUAUCAAAACAUCCGAACACUUUGACCUGAAUGACGAAAAUAAACUUGAAGCCAGGAGAUUAGCAUUACAAAGGAAGACAAACUACAUGCGCAAACCUUAUAGAAAUAUUAAAAGAACACAAUCAACGCCUAGGGACAUGUUUUCUGCAGACGUUUCACGAACUGAGUCUGCUUUGUCAGCCGAGAGCAAAUAUAUUGAAACAAUUGACACACAACUACUAAUCCACAAGGCUCGAAGGCGCUUAAGUCAAGAAUGGGACACGAGAAUUCAAAAUAGAGGUUUAACUGAAUCAGUUCAAUUAGUUGUUACUGGAGAUUCGGUUUCCAGUAGAACAUCUCAACAUUAUGCGACUGGAGGACAUCAGCAUUGCUCAUUCAGACGACAAUCAAGAAGAAUUUAGUAUUACAUUUUUUUUUUUUACAAAUUAUGUU